AUGUCCCAAGAUUAUCAUCAUCACCAAGGAAUCUUUUCCUUCUCUAAUGGCUUCCACCGAUCAUCAACCUCUCAUCAGGAGGAAGUUGAGGAAUCUGCUGUCUCCGGUGCUCCGAUUCAGGUAUAUGAAACAGCCGGAAUGUUGUCUGAAAUGUUUAGUUUCCCCGGCGGUGGCAACGGUGGCUCAGGCGAGAUUCUUGAUCAAUCUACUAAACAGUUGCUAGAGCAACAAAACCGUCAGAACAACAACAACAACUCGACUCUUCAUAUGUUACUACCAAAUCAUCAUCAAGGUUAUGGUUAUGCCAACGAGCAACAACAACAUCACUUCACAUGGCCAUCUUCCUCCGAUCAUCAGAGUCAAGGAGAUAUGAUCGGGACCGUACACGUGGAAGGUGGGAAAGGUUUAUCUUUGUCUCUCUCAUCCUCACUAGCAGCAGCCAAAGCAGAAGAAUAUAGAAGCAUUUAUUGUGCAGCCGUUAAUGGAACUUCUUCUUCUUCUAACGCUUCGGCUCAUCAUCAUAAUCAGUUCAAUCAGUUGAAGACUCUCCUUGAUAAUUCUACUUCUCAUCAUCAAGUUGUGGGACAUUUCGGGUCAUCAUCUUCUCCCAUGGGGGCAUCUUCCUCUAUUGGAGGAAUCUAUACGUUGAGGAAUUCAAAGUACACGAAGCCGGCACAAGAACUGUUGGAGGAGUUUUGUAGUGUUGGGAGAGGAAAUUUCAAGAAAAACAAACUUACUAGGAACAAUUCAAACCCUAAUACUAGCGGUGGAGGAGGGUCGUCUUCGUCCCCCGGGGUAGCCAAUGAUAAUCCUCCUUUGCCUCCGGCUGAUCGGAUUGAACAUCAAAAAAGAAAAGUUAAGCUACUCGCUAUGCUUGAAGAGGUAGACCGACGGUACAACCACUACUGCGAACAAAUGCAAAUGGUAGUGAACUCAUUCGACCAAGUAAUGGGUUAUGGCGCAGCCGUUCCAUACACCACAUUAGCACAAAAGGCAAUGUCUAGACACUUCCGAUGUUUGAAAGACGCGGUUGCGGUUCAGCUAAAACGCAGCUGCGAGCUUCUAGGUGACAAAGAGACGGCGGGGGCUGCGUCCUCGGGGUUAACCAAAGGCGAAACGCCACGAUUGCGUUUGCUAGAGCAGAGUUUGCGUCAGCAACGAGCGUUUCAUCAUAUGGGUAUGAUGGAGCAAGAGGCAUGGAGACCACAACGUGGGUUACCUGAACGUUCUGUUAAUAUUCUUAGAGCUUGGCUUUUCGAGCAUUUUCUUAAUCCGUACCCAAGCGAUGCUGAUAAGCACCUCUUGGCUCGUCAGACUGGUUUAUCCAGAAAUCAGGUGUCGAAUUGGUUUAUAAAUGCUAGGGUUCGCCUAUGGAAACCAAUGGUUGAAGAAAUGUAUCAACAAGAAGCAAAAGAAAGAGAAGAAGAAGAAUUAGAAGAAAAUCAAAAAGAAGAUUAUCAACAAACAAACAACAGCAGCAGCAACAAUGACACGAAGCCCAAUGAAAGCAACUUCACUCUGGUUCAGACAAUAACUGCACAAACUCCAACAAUGACGAUGAUGACGCCGACACCUCACGAAAACGACUCUUCGUUCCUCCCCUCCGUCGUAACCGCCGCUCGUCACAGCGUUUCAGACGCUUUCACCACUGUCACGUGUCAGCAAGACGUCAGUAAUCACUUCCAGGUUAACGAUGGUGUCAUAAGAUUCGGAACCAAACAGGCUGGUGACGUGUCACUCACGCUUGGUCUACGCCACACUGGCAAUAUGCCUGAUAAUAAGAACCCUUCUUUCUCCGUUAGAGACUUUGGAGAUUUCUAGACUGCCUUCGUCGUUUCUCUGUUGAUUAAUCAACAUAUAAUAGUGUUUUUUUUUUUUGCUUUUCUUUUUUGUCGGAAUAUGUAUUUGGUCUCAUCACAUACUCUUAAAAGUUUAUUUUUACUAGAUUCUUUAUCCGCGCUACGCGCGGAUUAUGUAUUUAAAUAUUUUAUUUAUUUAAAA